AUGGCUACUCUCACGUUUCCCGAUGUCACCGUCAUUCGUGAUGGAGACUUUCUGAACAAUUUCAACUUGAAGUUUGUGCGUGUCCUUGCCAAGAAGAAGAAUUCGCUAGUUUUGGAAGCUUCCAUGAAGAACGACGACUCCAUUCGUAAGGCAAUCAAGAAGAUCCCUUACCUGGACAGUAAAGGACGACAUCGAGGUCUCGAGGACAGCACCGAGGAGUUGACCAUCAUGCACAACGUUCAGCACCCGCACCUCAUGAAGAUGGACUGGGUGGUCACGUGUGACAGCUUCCUGGCUAUCUAUAUGCCCCUGUGUUCUCAGGGAUCUUUGGAUGGAUUGCGUCAGUCGCUCCAAUGGGACCAAGUGGAACGGGUUUUCGUACAAACCGCCUGUGCCCUGAGAUAUCUCCACGACCAGCGCUGUGUACACGGGGACGUGAAGCCAGACAACAUCUUCCUAGACGCCUCCGGCAACGCCAUCCUCGGAGACUUUGGUUGUUCUCAGAUCUUACCUGAUGGAGAAAACACCGUGAGUCGCUGGAGAGGAACUCUGGGAUACCAUGGACCUGAGUUUUUCCUUGGUUACAAAUUCGACCCUUUUCUGAUGGACGCAUACGCACUGGGAGCCACGCUGUGGUCUUUGGUUUUCAGACUCAAACCAGCAGACCUGGAUCUACUGGACGUUGUGAGGAAUUUUUCUCUGCCCGAAAUGUUCAGAGAAGUUCUGAAAGGACUUUUGCGCGGAGAUCCUCAGAAGCGACUGUCUGUUCCCGGCCUCUUGGAGUUCUUGUCUACUCGUGAGAAGCUCAGGGGAAUUAUGGAGGGUUUGUGAGAAACACGGACCUUUGGUAGUCGCAACCUUUUUUCUUUCUAUUAACUAAUUUGAUACUAAUUUUUCUUUCCUACUAACAGUAAUAGCACAACCCAACACCGAGCUCUUUUAAAUCUCGCUGACUUAAUUUUAAUUACAGUUUUGGUACCAUUAAAAGCAAUAACAUAUUUUUUUUAAAGAUUAACCCGAACACUAACGAAUUUUUAAAAACCCUUUUUAAUUGACACUAGGUAUAAAGUAACCAAUAUUAAGUAAAUGUACUCCACAAACUAAAAAACACUAAAUUAAAUACACUUCAAAA